UAUAUAAAAUAGACUCAUCACAUUACAUUCCCCUCUCUCUCUCUCUCACUCUCUAUCUCUCUCUCUCUCUCUUACCCUCUAACAAUGGUAGAAACAUCUAUACUAUUCUUCUUCAUCUUCCCCGAUUAUUAGCAUCAUCCUCUCACUCCUCACUUUCUUCAUCAUCGCCUUUUUCUUCUCCUCUACAACUCCUUUUCUCUUCUCCAAAUUCUCAUUCUCAAUUCCAAAUCCCCCUUCUCAAUUCCAAAUCCCCCUUCUCAAUUCCAAACCUUAACCCUAUUUUCAAGUUUAUUUAGAGACCAAAUCGACGCAUUUCUUUGUCAUUUUGUUGGUUUUCUAGGUUGGUUUGGUUGGGUUGGGGUUGUUUGUCGUCGUCUUCUUCGGUGCCAUUGGAGUAGCUUCGAAAGAGAUCCAUUGAAGAAGAAUAAGAUGAAUCUCAUUCCUUUGUCAUUUUGUUAGGUUUUGGGUUAAUUUGGUGGGGUUGGAGUUGGGGUUACUUGAAAUUAGGGGUUAUUUAGAAUUUGAGUUAUUUGUUUUUGUUUUCUGUUUUGGGUAUGCUAUAAAAUGAGUUACUUGAAACUAGGGGUUACUUGAAAUUAUGGGUUCUUGAAAUUAGGAAUUACUUAUAAUAUGGGUUGCUUGAAAUUAGGGGUUACCACUUAAAAUUAGGGGUUACUACUUGAAAUUAUGGGUUAUUGAUAAUAUGGAUUACUUGCAAUAAUUAGGGGUUGCUUGAAAUUGUGCGUGCGUGUCAAACUCUGUUAUGCACAUCAGACUCUGUUAUUUUUGCCGAGUUGGUAGUAGGUCGCACCAAAAAGCUCUGUAAAUUUUUAUGUGUGAAAAUCUCUUAUAAAUUAAGAGUUGUCCCACUUAAUAUGCCAUAUUAGCAAACUUUGUUAAUAUGACUCUCUCCUCCCCCACUAAAAGAAAUUUCUUCUCUCUCCACCCCCCAAAGCAUUUCGAACUCACACCUUUGAUUGCACAACCAUCAUUGCACGACCACCUUUAGAGGUAUAAUCUGGCCAGCUAACCAACCGAUCGGCCAAUUAAAUAAAAGUCACCCUAGUUGCAAAACAUGUAAAUUGGGGCCAUACUAACCCUUUAGGGGAAAGAAUUUGCUCGUGCAACAGUGUGUUAAUGGUCGUGGUGGUGGCGCUAAUGGUCAUGGUGUUAAUAGUCGUAAUGGUGGUGCUAAUGGUCUUGCGGUGGUCGCGUGAUGGUGGUGACCAAAGUAAUAUGGUCACAUGAUGGUGUUAAUGGAAGUACAAUGGUCGUGAGGUGAUGCCGGUGGUCGUGCUAUGGGUGGUGCGUAUGGUUGUGAAUUGGUGACAAAGGUGUAGGUAGAGGAGAGAGAAAGGGGGUAAAACUAAGAAAAUACAAAAAUGCUCUCACAUUAACUUUUUAAAAUAUGGUUUUUACAAGAUUUGAAGCUACAACCUCAAGUUUAAACUUCAAUGUAUUAGCCAAUAAGCUAUUAUUAUAUUAUAUAUCAUUCAAUAAAAUUAAAUAUUAAUAAAAAAAUUUAUCAUGCAAAUAAUGCAAUAACUCCAAGCAUACCCAGCCUAACAGUGGUUGGAUUGAAUUAAACCAAAAAUCCAAACCAAAAAUGGAAUAAACACCCCUCUUUUACUCUUUAAAUCUUUUUGUUAAUUAGGAGAUUAACUUGGAAAAUUGAUUUGGUACUCCGACUCCGGCCAAUCCCUCGGCAUUGAAUUGGUGAUUAUUGUUAGUCACCUCUUCAAUCAAACUCAACUGAUCGACGCACAAAUUUUGAGAUAAAUUUAACAAAAAUCAAAUCUUUCCUAAAUUUCCAAAGGGUUUGUACUAUUUGUCUAUUUCUGAUUUCGAUUCAAUGUCAGUCUUGAAUCAGCUCUUCAAUCGGGGUGUUCUCGGCACUAGGUGCAAAACAUGCUUAAAUUUGGCAAUCUCCCGUAUAAAAUUGCUGCAAAAUAGAAGAGAUGCCCAACUCAAGCAGAUGCGCAAGGAGAUAGCCCAGUUUUUGCUGACUGGCCAAGAGGCCAUUGCCAGAAUCCGGGUGGAGCAUGUUAUACGAGAACAAAACAUAUGGGAGGCAUAUGAGAUUUUGGAAAUGUUAUGUGAAUUUAUUCUUGCACGUGUGCCCGUUCUUGAAAGUCAGAGGCAAUGUCCUUCAGAGUUGCAGGAGGCUAUAGCAAGCGUAAUUUUUGCAGCUCCCAGGUGCUCCGAUUUGCCAGACCUCCUGCAAGUUAAAAACUUGUUCACUUCAAAAUAUGGAAAGGAAUUUAUUUCAGCUGUCUCUGAACUCCGGCCUGAUACUAGUGUUAACCGUACAAUAAUUGAGAAUCUUUCUGUUAAUGCUCCAUCUGCACAAUUAAAACUCAAGCUGCUGAAGGAAAUUGCAAAAGAGUUUAAUGUCAACUGGGACUCUUCAGAAACUGAAGCAGAAUUCCAGAAGAAACAUGACGAUCUCCUGGAUGGUCGGAGGACAAUACCUGUAGAUCCUUCACUUUCUGCACCUCCUAUCCAGGCGCUGCAUCGUAAUUCUUCGCCUUCUAAUGUAGCACAGCCUGUUACGCCUCCAGUUUCAACUGACAAACCAAGUAUACGAGCUCCCCAAAUGUCUAGUCAUAAUGGCAACCGGGUUGUAUUGAACUCCAACGGGACAAAAGCAUCAAACCAAAAUAGCACAGGGGAAAGUUCUGUUAGUGACAGUAAUAAGGAUACAGGAUUAAAUUCUUCUGACAUCUUUGAGAAAGCCAGAGUGGCCAUUACCUCAGCAGAUCGUGCUUCAGCUGCAGCCAGAGCAGCUGCACAAUUGGUGAAUGUUAAUUUUGGAGCAUUGAGGGUAGAAGAAGGGAAAUCUUGAAUGAGUGUAUAUAUUUAUAUCGAGCUCUAUUGUAUUUUUGUGUCUUGUUGCAACUAGUGAGCCACUCUCUAGAGCUGCACAUGUGAAUGGUCUGUCUUUUCUGGUGUGAAGGUUGCUGUCUGAUUUAUUCUCUUUUGCAUGGUUGCUCAAGGCUUAUGUAUUUAGUUGCAAAUCUCUAGUUCAUGAAUAUUGACUUCUUGGAUUUACAGGAUAAAUUUGUUGUGCAGUUAAUUGUAGUUGUAAUUGAAAGUUCUCAUAGUUUAGUAUCAGCGAGCUUGCUUCUUCA